GGCCGUUGCCUAUAAAUUAGGCUUGGAUGUCAUAGGAGAAGGUUAAUUGCAGAAUAGAAUGGCGAGGAAGAAGGUUACGCUCGGGUGGAUCGCGCACGACGCCACGCGCCGCACCACCUUCAAGAAACGGAAGCAGAGUCUACUCAAGAAGGUGAGCGAGCUCGCCACCCUCUGCGCCAUCGACGCCUGUGCCGUCGUCUACGGACCGGAGGAUGAGGCGCCGGAGGCGUGGCCUUCGCCUGCGGAGACGGCGCGCGUGGCGGCGCGGUUCAGGGCGGUGCCGGAAUCGGAUCAGAAUCGCAAGAAGACGGACCAGGAAGGGUUCCUCCGCCAGCGGGCGGCCAAGCUGCGGGAGCAGCUCAGCCGGCAGGAUCGCGGCAACAGGGAGCUGGAGGCGAGCCUGCUCAUGCACGAAAUGCUGUCCGGCGGCGGAUGGAGGAUGUGCGACGUGGGCAUCGAGCAGGCCGCGGAGCUCGUGCGGUUGGCGGAGAUAAAGCUGGCGCUGGUGCGCAACAGGGUCGAGAGGGAGAAGGCGAGGACCGCGGUGGAGCCGCCUCGGCAGGCGGUCGAACAGGUGGUGGCCAUGGCGGUGGGUCCAUCGAUAGAAUUUGUGAAGACGCCGUGGCAGGCGGCCGAACAGGUGGUGGACAUGGCGGAGGAUCCAUGGAUAGGAUUUGUGUUGCCGCCGCUGCAGGCGGUCGAACAGGCGGUAGGCACGGUGGAGACAGUGGCGGAGGACGAAACCCUAAACUGGCUCGUGGAGGCCUUGAGCGCCGGCGAAAUUGCACCGUUCGCCGACGUCGGGGAACAAGAAGCCAGGGCAUUAAGCUGCAUUGAUCAGGAGCCGUGGGAUGUUGGGGCAUUAAGCUGCAUUGAUCAGGAGCCGUGCAUUGAUCAGGAGCCGUGGGAUGUUGGCCGACAAGAAGACCUGGCUUUAUGCUGCAUUUCUGAGGAGGCCGUGGAUCCAUGGAUGGGAUUCGUGGAGAAAAUGUUUGGCGCCGUGCCAUUGUCUUGCUUUGAGCCCGAGUCAGUGGAGCAGGAUCACCCUCCGUGGCAAGCUCCGUUGGUCCUCUUCAACAGCCACUUCGACUGCUGA